AUGCAGGCAAAGCAGUGGUGGCAGGUCUUGGGCUUAGCGGUGCUCCUACUCUUUCUCUGCAAGAUGUCCGUCAUGGUGUUGGACCAAGAGCUCCACCAGCAACACUUUAGCGUUGGCAGCGAUACAGAUGCAAGCCUGGCGAGGCUCCCCAGAAACCCAAGUCAAGACAAGCGAGGAUGGCUGCUCGAUCCUCUCAAAGCUGCUGCUCAAGCCGGCCUCUCAGCAGUUCACGCAGGAGAGAUUCAAGUAGGGGCCGUUCGUGCCAAUCAUCGGCAUCACUUUUGCAACGAGACGUUUCUCCUUUGGAACGCUCGAGCGUUGUUUCGUCUGGAGAACGCAUUCAUGGACAAUGGAUAUGCGCAGGCUGUUGUUGGAGCUGGCGAGGUAUCAAUCGCCGCUGCGCCGGCUGGCCGGGCACAUGCUUUGGCAAAUAUUGACAGGCACAAGACACUCUUUUUUUUGGCGUGUCAAGACGCUCUAUUCAACCCCGAGAAUCCAAUGACAGACUUUCGGAUAUGGGACGAUCUGUGA